UUCUAAACGACGCCAUUUUGUCAAAGGAGAUCGAGGRAGCUCAGCRUUCUUGACUCUUUUAGUUGAAAAUGUCGCGUGGUGGAACUAGGGUGUACUUUGGAAGACUUCCAAGAGAUUGUAGAGAAAGAGAUUUAGAGAAAUUCAUUCGUGGAUAUGGCCAUUAUCGUGAAAUUAGUAUAAAACUUGGCUACGGCUUCGUGGAAUUUGAAGAUUCAAAAGACGCAGACGAUUGUGUGUACGAUUUAAAUGGCAAAGAACUUUUAGGAGAAAGAAUUGUAGUGGAGCAUGCUAGGAAUCCUGUUCGCAGUGUAGAUUAUGGAUAUCGCAGCCGUGAUAGCUCAGGAUACAGUAGCAGCAGGUCAAGCAGAAGGGAUCCUCCAAGAAGAGGAAGAACCCCACCAGUCAGAACAGAGCAUAGAUUAGCUGUUACUAAUCUCUCUUCACGCUGCAAUUGGCAGGAUUUAAAAGAGUACAUGAGUAAAGCUGGGGAGGUCACAUUUGCUGAUGCCCACAAGAGAAGACAAGGAGAGGGGGUUGUAGAGUUCUCAUCUAAAGAUGACAUGAAAACUGCCAUGAAAAAACUAGAUGACACCGAGUUCUUUGGAAGACACAUUAAACUUAAAAUAGAAAAAGUUAAGACUAGACGAUCAACUAGCAGAAGCAGRAGUAGAAGUAGGAGUCCAAGAUCUCGUCGCAAGAGCCGUUCUCGAUCCCGCUCAAGAUCUCCCAAACGCCGCCGCCGUUCAUCAUCACCCCAUCGCAGAUCAAAACACUCCAGAUCACGUUCAACAUCCAAAUCUCCAUCAAAAGACAAAAAAGCCACUUCCAAAUCACGCUCCAAGUCACCUGAUGAAAGAUCUAGAUCUGGGUCUCCAAAGAAAGAUCAAGAAAAUGGCGAUGAUGAUAUGAAAGAUGUUGACGAAGUUGAUGAUGAACAAGAAGAACAGGCUGACCCUGUGCAAGAGAAUGGCGAUGACGAAAAUGGAGAAGAGCAGGAAAAUGCUGACGAUGAUGAUGCUGAUAAGAAGGACAUUGAUGCCGAUGAUGAUGGUGAUGAUGCUUAGUUCAAUUACACUGAUUGUUUUAUUCGUGUUUGCAACAUGCAUGUCACAUUCAUGUAAAUAUCUUGUCUUGUAAUGUGGGGUUUUUGCUCACUAUUGCAGUAAUGUAUCUGUUAAUGUUUGAAGUCAGUGAUUUUGUACAUGUAAUUGUUAACUUUUUUAAUUUAAUCAUGUUACUGCGUUUUCAAUUCAUUAUACUUAUACUGUAAAACACUAUUCAAUUAAUACUGUGGACAUGAUUUCACAAUUCUUGUAAUGAAAUACUUAUGGAAUAUUAAUUUUGUCAAUGUUACUACCUCAACAGUUCAGUAACCCAUUAUCAAAUCAACUAGAAAACUUAGAAAUCUAUGUAGAAAUAGUAUGAUUAGAUAUUGUAUGAUUGUAUUUAUGUAACUAAUAUGUAGUUUUUUUUAUAGUCAUUAGUAAGUUAUAAUAGUCUUUGAAUAUUAUCCAAUAUAAACAUUAUUCAUUUCCUGUAGAAGUCCAUUGGAAUUUUUGUUUUCUCAAAAGUAUGCAUGUAAUAAUGUUGUAUUUUUCACAACAGACUGUACUUAUAUAAUGUUAUUUGUUUGUAACUUUGUUUAGACAGCUCUUUAUUCCUUGUAGACAGGCAUUGCAAGUGAUGAUAAGUCCUUCAAAAUGUGCAUGUCUAUUUUUAAUCUUUUUUAAGGAACCACAACAGCUUGAAGCAAUAAAUGGCUUGAUAUAAAUGUA